AUGGAUUCGAUGGAAGAUUCAACGAUGGAUUCGAUGGAAGAUUUCAACGGUGGAUUUGAUGGAAGAUUUCAACAGUGUAUUCGAUGGAAGAUUUCAACGGCGGAUUUGAUGGAAGAUUUCAACAGUGUAUUCGAUGGAAGAUUCAAUGAUGGAUUCGAUGGAAGAUUUCAACGGUGGAUUCGAUGGAAGAUUUCAACAGUGUAUUCGAUGGAAGAUUCAACGAUGGAUUCGAUGGAAGAUUCAACGAUGGAUUCGAUGGAAGAUUUCAACGGUGGAUUUGAUGGAAGAUUUCAACGGCGGAUUUGA